CACACAAACACACACACACACACAAACGCGCACACACACAGUUUGAAGUGUUUUUCAGCCAGCAGAACUUUCUGACCAACUUCUGUCUCUGAUGAGUGAGGACGGCGCUCAGACCGGCGAGAACAUGGUGACCACAGAUACCCACCAGAACCAGGACCUGCUAGUCCCUCCUCAGGUCCACGAAUCGGAGGACCAGCUCAAAGACCAAGAGAACCCAGAGAACCAGGAAAAUACUUUAGCGGGCCUGUUUGGGUUGGACCGAGAGAAAAUGGGCGAAGGCCCCGUCAACGCCAUCACGGUCCUCACUUUGCUGGACAAACUGGUCAACAUGUUGGACGCCGUGCAGGAAAACCAGCACAAGAUGGAGGGGCACCAAGUGGAGAUGGAGGGCGUGGUCAGGGGGAUCCAGGCGGAUAUGAUCAAACUCUCCAAGAGUCACAGUCACACCUCCAACACCGUCAGCAAACUGCUGGACAAGAGCCGCAAGCUUUCCGUCACCAUGAAGGAGGUACGAGAAAGGAUGGAGCGCCAAGGCACGCAGGUUAAGAAACUGGAGGCCAACCACGCCCAUCUCAUCGACAGAAACAACUUUAAAGUACUCAUCUUUCAGGAGGAGAACGAGAUCCCCUCCAGUGUCUUUGUGAAGGAUCCUCCGCCGUUCCCUCGUGAUGAAAUUCUGGAAGAGGGCGACGAAUCGGGUGUUGUCGACGACAAUCAGCCCUCAGAGGGCGGGCUCCAAACCAUCGACCUCUCGUCCGAUGAGGACGUGGGCCUGGAGGCAGAUCUGGAUGAGGAGAUGUGGCCUCAAGACCUGGAGAACAUGGAGAAGUCCAAAGCUGAGAAACUGAAACUGUCCAGUCUGAAGAAGGUCGACAGUCUGAAGAAGGCUUUCUCCCGACAAAACAUUGAAAAAAAGAUGACCAAGAUCGGAACAAAAAUUGUGUCCGCUGAACAACGAGAGAAAAUCAAACAGAAAACGUCCAGUCUCAAGGUUUCCCCCGUGACCUUUGGCAUCAAGAAGCAUCGCAGCAACUCGGCCUCCCAGCCUCCCGAAGAACAUCCCGUCCAGAUCGACGAGAGCCCCGCCCCGGAGGACCACAUCCAGCUCUCCCCGCUGGGCAGCGACGAGCAGGAGGUCACCUUCACGGAGAUCCACAACGAGCUGGCCCCGCCGGAGCAGCAGGAGAAGGAGCAACCAUGUUUGGAGGUCAGCGGAAUAUCUGAAGGGGUGAGCGAGGACUACGCUCUGUCCGCCACGCUGCCUCAGGACCAGGAGAACAAGGAGGAGUCUUCGAUGUCACUCCAGGAAUAAGAGCUAGACCACGUUUUAGAGAUGAGAUUUUAUUUUGAACGCAUUUCGUACACUGAAAAGCACGAGCACAAACACGCUAUCUGAGUUGGUGAACAGAGGAGAAUUGAGCUAAAAAAAAAAACACUGGAGGAGACCUUUGUUUGGGAAAUAUUCAAGUGCUGUUGACUGAAAUAUGUUCACCCAGAAAUAGAGAGGUUUUGAUUUUUGGAUGGGGAAAGGUUUAGCCGAACUUAAUAUGAGCACAUUCCAUGUUUAGCUAGCAAGAAAAGCAUUUCUCAACAAACGUAAGCCUGUUUGUUGUUUUAGCUUCGCAUGCUAACUGUUCAAUGGCUUAGCAAUAUGUUGCCUUUCUCUAACCAACGCAAAACUCAAGAACUAUAACAGGGUUUGUUGUUUUAGCUUCGCAUGCUAACCGCUCGAUGGCUUAGCAACGUAGCUGCUGCCGAACGACGCAAAAAUCAACUCACUACGAUCAACCGGUUUGAAAAUGUAUAGAACGGACCGGCUCUGACGGCUUUCACAAAUGCAACACGGCAAUUGCUUUCGUUUUUGUAAAAAGAACUUCUACGACCAAAGAAUACGCAUUAAUUGUACCUCACAAACACAGAUAAAUAAAAGUAUGUCACGCAA